AUGGAACUGUCAGUUGACCCAAGGUCGAGGGGGCAAGACGAGGCUCCCCCGGCACUCUCCCCCAGCGCUUCCAAGAUGAAAGGCAGCACUGCUGUCCAGCAGCAGUACUACUCAGCAUCCAUCUUCCUCCGACGCAGAGACAAACUGGAACAGACCCAGCAGAAGUGCAUUGCCGUCUUCGCCCUCCUCUGCUGCUUUUCUGUGCUGGUGGCCCUGGUCUGCUCGUCAGCGGACCUCUGGGGAGACGCUGAGGAUGGGAUCACAGAGGAGAACUGCAGCAGAGACUGUCGCAUUGUGCUCGUGGAGAACAUUCCAGACGACCUCUCUCUCCCCAUGGACGGCGGACCCCACUUCCCUCUCUCUGUUGGCUUCCACACCCUGCUGGAGCAGGCAAAGCACUCAGUUGAGCUGGUGUCACCUAUCUGGAACCUGAACUCCGUGGAUCUGGAAACAAUGGCGACCACUGCCAAACAGGGUCAGCUUUUGUUCCAGCAACUGCUCAGCCUGAAAUCUCGUGGGGUCAAACUGAAGAUUGCCAGCGGUCUCACGAACUCUGCUGAUCUGAAGACCUUGGCAGCGCACAAUGCAGAGGUUCAUUUCGUAAAUAUGACUGCUCUCACCCAAGGAGGACUCCACUCCUCGUUUGUGAUCGUGGAUCGGAAGCACGUUUACAUCGGGAGCGCUGACAUGGACUGGAGGUCACUCUCCAAGAGGAAAGAACUGGGUGUGUUGGUGUUUAACUGCAGCUGUCUGGCUCUGGACCUCCACCGGGUCUUUUCCUUUUACUGGCAGCUCCACGAGAGGGACUACAUCCCCUCCAUCUGGUCAAAGCGAGUUACAGCCCUCUACGGGAGGCACAGCGCCCUGGAGCUGCAACUCAACGACACCAAUGCCACUGCUUAUGUGUCUACCUCCCCUGAUCUCCUCUGCUCGAAAGAUCGCACCAGAGACAUAGAUGCCAUUCAUCAAGUCAUCCAGAGCGCAGAGAAGUUUAUCUUCAUAUCUGUGACCGACUACCUUCCUCUGGUGAACAGGAGAUUCAGAGGAACCUCAGUCACAAGAUAUUGGUCGCCUAUCGAUGAAGUGAUCAGAGAGGCCGUGGUACUGAGAGGAGUCAGAGUUCGUCUGCUGAUAAGCUUCUGGAAGAAGACUCACCCCCUCACCUUUAACUUUGUCACCUCCCUCAAGUCGCUCUGCAUGCACCUGCACAACUGUUCCCUCGAGGUGAGGUUCUUCAGUCACAGAGAGCAGAAGGAGGACUUACAAUAUGGACUCAACCACAACAAGUACAUGGUGACUGAAAAUGCUGUUUACAUAGGGAACCAUAACUGGGUCGGUAGUGACUUUGCCGUUAAUGCAGGAAUUGGGCUGGUGGUGCAGAUGAAAAAUGACCCUAAAGACAGGGGAGUAACAAUCCUGGAGCAGUUCAAGGCUGUUUUUGAAAGAGACUGGAGGUCACGAUACGCGAAGAGCCUACAAGGAAGCAAAGAUCCACAGAGUAAAUACAGAAGCCUGCGACAAGAAGAAACUAAAGAGACGAAGGAGGAGAACGAAUGGAACAGCCCUUUAUCUUUAUAAGCACAGAAUGUUUACAAAUCCUAAAGCGUCUUAAGCCCAAAAAUAAAAACAUUUACAACAUGUACACAAUAUAAGAAUGUAGACCUAAACUAUUAAAGGUUCAGUAUGUAGAAUUAAGUGAUAUCUAGUGGUCAAGUUGCAUGUUGCAGCUGAAUGCCCCCUGCCCUACCCUUCCCUUCCAAACAUUAGAGAGAACGCUGCUGUAAAAAACAUGGCGGCCUCCGUACAGAGUUGUAUAAUUUAGAUAUUAGACACACUAGGAUUAUUUUAUAUUCAAUUUCUGCCAUCAGAUCCUUUCACCUAUAUUUCACACACUGGACCUUUAAACUUGACCUUGAAUUUUGUGACGUAUUUAAUAGAUUAUAUAAUCAUAGAAGUUUUACAACACUAAUGAAAUACUUUGACUCUGAAACAUUUGCACGCUACAAACGACUGAAAGGCAAGACAGAACAGGAAAGGAGGAUAAAACACAUUCACUAAUCAUCAUGAAUCUUUCCCUGAGGAUUAUUUCGUUGAAUUUUUGUAUUACAAGUUUUCUGAACAUUAAUUUUUAUACAUCCAAUUUGCACAUCAUGUAAUUUUUAAAAUAUUUCCUAAUUUGCAUACAUUUCCAGAGCAGAAAAGUCAACAUCAAAGUUCCUGAUUCUUUUUAUUGACAUGUUGAAGUCAAAGGAUUUCACUGAGUGGAUUUUAUAUCAAUCUUUUUGAUAUGCUUUAAAUCAGAAAAUAGUGUCAGCCAUCUAAAAUUACAUUUAAGCAACUUCAUCGAAUGAAACAAACCACUUAUAAAAAAAUCUUUCCUAUUUCAUCUUGAAAUAGGAAACUAGAAUGUUUGCUGCUAAACUUGACAUUUCUGGUGUAUUACAAAAACUGAAGAAAUCUGAAAGAUAUGUGUUAAAAGAGCAAAAAUUCCAUACAUUUUUAUCAGAAAACAUUUUUUAUGAUAUUGUGUAAGAUACAGAGGAAUGUUUGAAUCCAAUAAUAUCAUGCAUGAGAGAGAGCUUUAUAUUGACACCUGUGAUGACCAGAGUCCUGCAGUUUGGGCCAGUGCAUGAGAAAAACGUUCUUACCUGUAGUAUUUUGCCUUAAUGAAUUUUCGACUGUUAUAUGAGCAUGUGCCGUUGCAUGAAUAUUGAAAGCAAUAUUCAAAUUCAAACUAUAUACUAGGACAAGCAAUAGGAUGAAUGAUAGAUAAUAUGUGUGAAUCCACAGAAAUGUCCCAUCAAAUGCAUAAACAAUCACAUUCAUGGUAAAUGCUCUGUAUUUAUAUGGUGCUUUUCUAGUCUUGAUGAACACUCAAAGCUAUUUACAGUUCAGUUGUACAUUCAUCCCUUCACACACCUACAGUGCAUCUGUAAAGCACUUUCUCUAUGGACAGGGGCAAUUUGGGGUUCAGUAUCUUGCCCAUGGACACUUCGGCACGCGGUCUAGGGAAGACUGAGAUCGAACUGCCGACCUUCUGGUAAGAGGACGACCUCUCUGAACCCUGAGCCAGAGCCGCCCUUUCCAUUCAGUAUCUAAUGAUGAUGCACUGUUUCCAUUUGUAUUGUAUUCACUUUUUAAUACAGUUGGAUUUGCGUUGCAUCCAGUAUGGCCUGCACUUAAUGAUGGAAUUUCAUGAAUGAGACACAGGGUUACGCAAUAGCUUUACAAACAUCACAGCUGUCAAUCAUCUUAUUGAAAGUUUUCAUCUUCGUCUUUCGUCUUUAUAAAAAAUAACUUUUUGCCUAAUUGUUGUUGUGUUUAUUUUAUUAUAAUCGCUGCAUUCAUAUGCCGAUUCCAAUCUAACAAAGUCAGGUGCUCCGUGGUAAUAAGACUUUCAUGGUUGUGUUUUCCCUUCUCCAUAGUUCCUGAUCAACAUUAUUAAUUCAGCAUUGAAUAAGGGAGCAAAACUCAACCAUUGUUCAUGUUUCCCUUUCAUUCAAACCACUAAACUGUAAGUUCGUCACGCACUGUGUCUCUUUGUGGGAUGAAUUGGAUGGAGGUGGAAAUGUACAGAGUGAGUUUAGAUUUGAAUCAUUAGGAGGCAUGUGGAAUCAUAUAAUCUGCUGCUUUUAUAGGUUUUAAAUAAAAGCUAUAAGUCAUUAGAAAUAAAAUAUAUAACAAUGUGUAAUGGCAGGUACAUCUAGUGAGGUCAACGUGUCUAAACCCACAUUUACACAGCAUUUUGAGAACAGUUUGAGCAAAUUUAACUCC